AUAUGAUCGAAUGAAUCAUUGAAUGACAUAAGAACUGUAAGUCUCAUCGGCAUUCUUUCUGGCGAAUAAAAAUCAGAACCAAACCAAUAUGAAAUUCAAAAUAAAGAGUUUGGUAGGUUUGGGAAAUUAUUCUUUGUGAAAGGUUUGGGGUUAACCUCCCAGACCCCUGACGACUUUGUGGGCAGGGAACUGGUCUUCCAGCUCUGUUGUACUCUCCCAAAUGCUUAAUACAGUGCUCUGCACACAGUUAGUGCUCAGUAAAUACCACUGACUUAUUCGCUGUCCAUGUAGCAGAGGGAAUGUGGGUCACUGCAGCACUGUCUAUUUAACCACAGCCUGGAAGGACCAAAUGGGAGGCAGAAUUCCGUCUCAUGCUUUUGACCUGUCCAUUAAAAUGGAGCAGCCCCUGCAUUAUAUAUAAGCGACAAAAUAGUGUAUGUUGUUGCCGUUUGUAGCUCAAAACCAGAUUCAAAACAGUAAUUAGGAAAAGGAAAAAACCACUUUUCCCUUUUGUGAUUCUUCCAAUUCCUAGCUUUUUUUUUCAAUAAAUAAGAUGUUCUCAUAUCAUCUUGUGAGGCAUCUGAUUUGGCUACUCACCCCGGGGAGUAGCAUGCCAAUACACUUUGGCAGCGUUAUAAGCAGCCUCAGGAAUCUCUCCUGGAUUUUCUGUGCAGCAGCUCGGGAGGGAGUUAAUAGAAUGAACCACAGGGAGCCCGCGAGAUGUUCCGGGAUUAGCUCUCAGCCCCUGUCAACUGCGUUUUAAGGAAAGGGGCGGUGGGGGCUCAUAAGGGCUUUAACGAAUGCUCUUAGUGUUUGGAAAAGCCAGUGGUCAGUGGAUGAGAAAGGAGGGCAGCAGAAAACCUUCUCACUGUUUCAGCGUACACUCAUUUUGCUUUGACUGGAGAGCCGGCUCUUUCCUCCUUUUUUUCCCGUAGCUUUUUUUUGGAGGGGGGAGGGGAGAGUGGGGUUAUCCUCUUGAAAUCCAGGAUUAUAAAAAUGAAUGCAAAUAUAUCUGUGCAUGCAAAUCUUUCCUCCCAAUCGGCUCGCUGGAGACGGCAGAGCACGUGCUUCUCCCGCCUUGGCUGAAUGCACAAAUCUUUCCUGUGCAGCGAUUCUUGCCCUGUUGCCUAGACGAUCGCGCUCGCUCUCUCUCUCUCUCUCUCUCUCUCUCUCUCUCUCUCUCUGAGGAUGUCUGGUUCUCGCAAAGAAUUUGACGUGAAGCAGAUUUUAAAGCUCAGAUGGAGGUGGUUUGGCCACCAGGCAUCGUCUCCGAACGCUACAGCGGACAGCCAGCGGGGAGACUUCUGGAGUCAAGGACAAAGCGGAGCAAAUGGUGGGAGAAAGUUUUUCGACCCCUGUAGCCUCCACUUACCCCUGGCUUCCAUUGGUUACAGAAGGUCUGGCCAACAGGAUUUCCAGAACUCCUCUCCUUGGCCAAUGGCAGCCCCUUCCGAAGUCCCUCCAUCUGACUUUCCAGCGGAAGCCUGCGGUGGUGCCCACUGGCUUGAUAGACCAGAUGACGGGACUAGUGAAGAAGAAAAUGAAUCUGACACCAGCUCCUGCAGGACCUCAAAUAGCAGUCAGACAUUGUCAUUUUGCCCCACUAUGGAGCCGUGUACAUCGGAUGAAUUUUUCCAGGCUCUUAACCAUGCUGAACAAACAUUUAAAAAGAUGGAAAACUACUUGAGGCACAAACAGUUGUGCGAUGUGGUAUUAGUAGCUGGUGAUCGUCGAAUUCCGGCUCACAGGUUAAUCCUCUCCUCUGUCUCAGACUAUUUUGCUGCCAUGUUCACCAAUGACGUCAGGGAGGCGAGACAAGAAGAAAUCAAAAUGGAAGGAGUUGAACCAAAUUCACUCUGGGCCCUGGUACAAUAUGCAUAUACAGGUCGCCUUGAGUUAAAAGAAGACAAUAUCGAGUGCCUGUUAUCCACCGCUUGCCUUCUCCAGCUAUCUCAGGUUGUGGAAGCAUGCUGCAAGUUCUUAAUGAAACAGCUUCACCCAUCCAAUUGCCUGGGAAUCCGUUCUUUCGCUGAUGCACAAGGUUGUACAGAUUUACACAAAGUGGCUCAUAAUUACACCAUGGAGCAUUUCAUGGAAGUAAUAAGGAACCAGGAAUUUGUAUUAUUACCGGCCAGUGAAAUUUCAAAGCUUUUGGCAAGUGAUGAUAUGAACAUCCCCAACGAAGAGACAAUACUUAAUGCACUCCUGACUUGGGUCCGUCAUGAUUUGGAACAGAGGCCGAAAGAUCUCAGUAAACUAUUGGCUUACAUUAGGCUGCCUCUCCUGGCCCCUCAGUUCCUGGCAGACAUGGAAAACAACACGCUGUUCCGGGAUGACAUCGAAUGUCAGAAACUCAUCAUGGAAGCAAUGAAGUACCAUUUGCUUCCCGAAAGAAGACCCAUGUUACAAAGUCCUCGCACUAAGCCCAGGAAGUCAACGGUCGGGACCUUGUUUGCAGUUGGAGGGAUGGACGCCACGAAAGGAGCUACUAGCAUCGAAAAAUACGAUCUCCGUACAAACAUGUGGACCCCGGUAGCCAAUAUGAAUGGACGGAGGUUGCAGUUCGGAGUGUCGGUGCUGGAAGACAAGCUGUACGUUGUGGGCGGUCGAGACGGCCUGAAGACUCUGAAUACCGUCGAGUGCUACAACCCCAAAACCAAAACCUGGAGUGUCAUGCCACCUAUGUCCACGCACAGGCACGGUCUGGGGGUGGCCGUGCUGGAAGGCCCCAUGUACGCCGUCGGGGGACACGAUGGCUGGAGCUACCUGAACACGGUGGAGCGGUGGGACCCCCAAGCCCGCCAGUGGAACUUCGUGGCCAGCAUGUCCACGCCCAGGAGCACGGUGGGCGUGGCUGUCCUCAGUGGAAAGCUGUACGCUGUCGGGGGCCGGGAUGGGAGCUCUUGUCUCAAGUCUGUGGAGUGCUUUGACCCCCACACCAAUAAGUGGACUCCCUGUGCCCAGAUGUCCAAACGGAGAGGGGGAGUUGGAGUGACCACGUGGAGCGGACUGCUCUACGCCAUCGGCGGACACGACGCACCCGCCUCCAACUUGGCGUCCCGCCUGUCAGACUGUGUGGAGAGGUAUGAUCCGAAGACCGACGUUUGGACUUCGGUGGCCUCCAUGAGCAUCAGCAGGGACGCCGUCGGGGUGUGCCUUCUCGGGGACAGGCUGUACGCCGUCGGCGGCUACGACGGCCAAACGUACCUCAAUACGGUGGAAGCCUACGACCCGCAGACAAACGAGUGGACACAGGUGGCGCCACUGUGCCUAGGCAGGGCAGGGGCCUGUGUGGUAACGGUAAAACUGUGAUUGACCCCGGACUUUAUCCACUCAGAGAUGAUGCUCCCGAAAGGACCGGGAGGCUAAGGACAGGGAAGCCACUGUCCCCCGGUCUGAGGAGCGGCCUGACCUUCCGAGGAAAGGGAUAGAAUGAGGCGGGAGGGAAACCUGGGAGGGGGGAGGAAUGGCACAGGCUUGGACCAAGAUCAAGCACCUUUUUCAAAAACGUUUUUGGUGGACUGAGGUUUCAGCAGGCUGUUUCCCAACUGAGGCUCUCCCGAUACAUAACAUUUGAUUUUGAGCAAACCGAAUCUCCAGGAACGAAAUUUCCACAAGGAAAUCUCACAGUCAGAUGCAUUUUAUGUACUUAUUCAGGAGUUUCUGUACAAUGCACUUGAUGUAAGUAGCUCUAAAUGGCUCUAGCCUUCUGUGUACAUAUUCGGGUAUACACACACUCAGUGACUUAUAUUGCACUUUUUCCACUAAAAUUGAGGUUUAGUAGCCUUUUUAUUUAACCAAAGCCUUACGUUAAAUAUUGUCUUUUCUUACGCCUUCUGAUGGUUUCUGAAAGAGCUGAAGGAUAUUUGCUCUGGUUUUUAUGGAUGGUUGGCACCAUCCAGGACAAUAUAAAUGUCUCUCCCAUAUUCCUAUCUCUUAGUUAAUAGUCAUUUCUUUGAGAAUUUUAUCCUAAAAGUCGGUUUCCGGGAGGAAACGGGAAGUGUCGGUCAGAGGCCCGUAGCCCAGUGGAGCUCCCGCCGGCCCCUCGGGUGGUCCCCGGUGGACGAUGCGUUCCUAUCAAGAAUACGUCCGCUCUCGGGGCACGAUUUUCCUCAGCGGAUCGGACACCCAGCUUUGCACUCCUCUGUGGGGGACAAUUACUGGCGUAACCUAGCUUAUGGUGCGCGUUAUGGCCCGGAGUGGGAGCCGCCCCGCCCGAUCGGAGCCACCUCGUCCGACGACCAGCCCGCCUCUCUCAUGGGUCGUCAUGUGCUGGCUCACCAGGCGGCAACACAGCUGCAAACUUCACAUCUCUACCGUCAUAAAAAAAAAAUCCGGGAGAAGAUCAAGCUGGAGAGAACAAGCCUCUGCCAUGUCCCCCACUGCUUCUUGCCCAGCUCCCAGACCACUGGUGGGAUCAGUUAGUGGAGAAGCGGGGGGCUUCAAAUCGUUAAACGUCUCCCUUUUAAGGGUUUGUGGAAGUGAUGAGGAAGGAAAACCCUCAGAAGGUGUGGACCCUAAAGCAAGAAGCCCUGUGGUUCAAGGGAUAAAAGAACCAGGGAAACCCAACAUGAAAAAGGUUGAAGAUAAAGAAUCUGGGUAGGUCACAGGUCGACCCGAAUGCCGAUGCUGGAGCAGAAGAGAAGGUGGUCGGUAAAGAUGCCGAUGCAGAAGAGUGGAGGUCAGAGGGCAAUCUGGACGCUGAUGUCGGCGCAGGAGAGAGAUGGUCAGAGGGCGAUCAGAUUGCUGAUGCUGGAGCAGGAGAGGUCAGAGGGCCAUCUGAAAGCCUACGCCAGAACAAGAGAGGAAGCCAGAGGUCGAUCAGAACGCCAAUUCUGGAACAGGAGAGGAGGCCAGAGGUCCAUCUGAACGCCAGUGCAGGAGCGGGAGAGGAGAUGCAAGGUCGAUCUGAAUGCCAGAGCAGGAGAAGGAGUUGAAAGUCGAUCUGUAUGGCAGUGCCGGAGCAGAAGAGGAGGUAAAAGGUUGAUCUGAACGCCGGAGCAGGAGAGAAGGUCGAGCCGAUCGUCUGCCAGAGCAGGAGAGAGGUGGCUGUACGUGUGCCGGAAGGAGGCAGAGAGACAGGUGGCUGUCUGCACGCCACGGAGUGGCACGGGCGCUGGGGCUCACCGGGCUUCCACGCUGUAACCUUCGCGGCUGUUUCCUACUGCCUUUGCAUAUCGUUAGAGCAAUCAUCUCCCCCUCGGCUUUUCUGGCUUGGCUUUGCGGGCCAGGUCACACACCCCCAAUCUUACCGUUGUGCUUCUUCGCAGUAUUACUCCGAAGAGAAGGGGGCUCGCCGGGAUGUCGUGAAGGGCUCUGAUACCCAAAGUAUUUGUACAUUUGUAAACUCGAAAUACAAAUGUGUUACUGCUCUCGAUAAUUUAUUUAUUAUAUAUAACAUUUUGUGAUAAAUGCCGUAACAUCUUAUUCACUGAUUUCUCUUCAUGUAAAGCGGCGGUCAUUAUUAAAAACAGACUAAAGCUCAACUUUUUUCAAGCCAA